AUGGCUACAACCGACGAGGCGCAAAAGCGUCCCAAUUUCCUAUUCAUACUUGCAGAUGACCUGGGUUUCUCCGACAUUGGAUGCUUCGGCAGUGAAAUCCAAACUCCCCACAUCGACGCUCUAGCCGCAGAUGGCAUCCGCAUGCUGAACCACCACACCGCGGCGGCCUGUUCGCCUACACGCGCCAUGCUGAUGAGCGGAACAGAUGCUCACCUCGGUGGACUCGGGUGUUUGAUUGAAUCUCGGAAUAGUCCACAGGGUGGAAAGCGGUGGAAUGGAAAGGCGGGGUAUGAAGGGUAUCUGAACAAUGAUGUCGCUACCCUGCCCGAGAUUCUAGGGGAUAAUGGGUAUUUCACGGCUAUCUCUGGGAAGUGGCAUCUAGGUCUGCGCGCUAGUCAGGGUCCUACGGAACGUGGAUUCCAGAAGGCUUUUGCCUUGCUUCCGGGCUGCUGUAAUCAUUAUGCUUGGGAGCCUGUUCAGGAACGUUUCCCGAUGAGUGGUUCGCCGAUUCAUACUGAGGGGGGUGUUAAGGCUGAUAUCCAACCGAACAAGACUGCGGAUCCGGAAGGAUUCUAUACAACCGAUUUUUAUACCGACAAGUUGAUCAACUACCUCGAUGAUCGAUCUGAAGAUGAGAAAGCGAAGCCUUUCUUCGCUUUCUUGCCAUAUACCGCUCCUCAUUGGCCGUUGCAGUGCUCCAAGGCCCUGCGUGACAAGUACAAGGGAAUGUACGAUGAUGGCCCAUAUGCGCUCCGUGAGCGUCGGCUUAAGAAGCUUGUUGAGAUUGGCAUCAUCGAUGAGUCUGUUGUCCCUCAUAAGGUGGAGACCUCGACUCAGGACUCGGGGGAAUGGGAUGAAUUCACGCCCGAGGAGAGAAGGUGCUCCAGCCGGUCUAUGGAGACCUACGCCGGUAUGGUGAACUCGAUGGAUGACAAUGUCGGCAAGGUGAUUGCACAUUUGAAGAAGACCGGCGAAUACGAUAACACUUUUAUUGUGUUCAUGAGUGAUAACGGAGCAGAGGGUGCAGCAUGGGAAGCAAGACCUGUCAUGGGCGACAACAUCAAGCGCGCCAUCCACAAGUACUACGACAACUCAUAUGAGAACAUUGGCAACUACAACUCAUUUACCUGGCUCGGCCCCCUCUGGGCUCAAGCUUCAACCGCCCCAUCCAGACUAUUCAAAGGAUUCCCCUCCCAAGGCGGAAUUCUAGUUCCCUGCGUCGUCAAACCACCAACAAAUACAUUCCUUCCAUUCACCCCCGGCUCCUUCAACCGCUCCUUCAGCACAGUAAUGGACUGGUCCCCCACCUUCCUCGAACUAGCAGGAAUCAGCCUCCCCCAACCCUUCGAAAAAGAAAAGCUCCUCUCCCCAGAAAAAACCACCGUCCUCCAGAAGUGGACCAAAUUCCGCGGUAGAGACGUGCACGCCAUUCGCGGAAAAUCAUGGGUUCCAUUCUUUGCUCAUGGCAAAAAAGCCGAAGACGAAGAACUGUGGCAUAUUCAUCCCUCGACCGAGCCUAUCGGGUGGGAACUAUUUGCGCGCGCAGCCAUGCGGAAGGGUGAUUGGAAAAUUGUGCAUAUUGGCAAGGCUAAUGGUGGUAAGGGCGAGAAUAAUGGGGAUGGUUGGGAGUUGUUUAAUGUUGUCGAAGAUCCCGGCGAGAAUGUUGAUUUGACAGCUUCUCAUCCGGAGAAGUACGCAGAGCUUCUUGCUUGUUGGGAGGACUAUGUUAAUGAGUGUGGGAUUGUUUGGGGGCAGAAUGCUAUGGAUCCUGGGCUGUCGAAGGAGGAGGCGCCUGAGUUGUGGCAGGAUGAGAUUGAAUUGCAGAAGGCUUGGUUGGGGGCUAAGGCGGGAGACCGGGUUGAGUAA